UCUAUAAAAAAUAUAGAAAAAAAUUAAAAAAAAAAAAACCAUGACGGUGGCCACCAAAAUAAGUCGUGUUUCUUCAAUUCAGGUGGCCGUGGUGGCGGUCAUCGUCGCCGCCACGGCGGUGUUAUCCGACGACAAUGUGCCGAUCCCGUCAGACAAAGAUCAAUUGGACCAAUGGUUCUCACAGAACGUGCAGCCAUUAUCUGCCCGGAAGGGAACUCUGGACCCAGACCUGGUGGCCGCAGAAGCUUCUCCGAAGGUUGUUAAGGUUUCACAAGACGGAAGCGGCGACUUCAAGACGAUCACCGACGCGAUUAACAGCGUUCCGGUGAAUAACGCGAAGCGAGUGAUCAUCAAAAUCGCCGGUGGAGUUUAUACAGAGAAGGUCACGAUUGAUAGGACGAAGGAUUUCAUCACUCUCCUUGGUGAUCCAAAAAACAUGCCUAACUUGACCUAUGGUGGCACCGCCAAACAAUACGGCACGGUUGAUAGUGCUACACUCAUUACCAACGGAAAUUACUUCGUCGCUGCAAAUAUUAUUUUCUCGAAUUCGGCGCCGAUACCGGACGGGCGAAGGGAGGGAGCUCAGCCGGUGGCGAUCCGUGUGUCCGGCGACAAGUCCGCCUUCUACAACUGCGUGUUAUUAGGGUUUCAAGACACGCUAUGUGAUGACAGAGGAAACCAUUUGUUUAAGGACUGUACAAUCCAAGGCACAGUUGAUUUCAUAUUUGGGAGCGGCAAGUCGCUGUAUCUGAACACAAAGCUGGUGGUGGUGGGGAACGUCGGCGGCGUGAUCGCAGCUCAGGCGAGAGAGAGCGACGACGACACCAUAGGGUACUCGUUUGUUCACUGUGACAUAAGUGGGAGUGCCAAUGGGACGUUCUUGGGAAGAGCAUGGAUGUCUCAUGGCAGAGUUGUGUAUGCUUAUACUUCCAUGAGUGACAUUAUUACUCCUCUUGGUUGGAACAUCAACAACCAUCCUUCUAUGGCUCAGACGGUAUAUUUUGGAGAGUAUCAGAACAGCGGAGAUGGUGCAAAUACCAAAGGACGUGCCCCCUUCACAAAGUUCCUUAGUGAUGCUGAUGCCAAGGAAUUCCUUUCUCUUGGCUUCAUUCAAGCUUCUGAGUGGCUGCUUCCUCCUCCUCAAGCCUAAUUUUUUUUUAUUUACUUUCAAUCUUAUUUUUAUUUCCACAAGAGUGCACAUUUUUUUUCUGGACCUGGAUAAGAGUACA